AAUGAUUAAAAUAAAUAAAAUAUUAAUUUAUUUAAUUUCAAUAAUUUAUUUAUUUUAUUUGGCACAAGCACGUUCAGUUUCUACAACAAGUUUGGAAUUUUUCCGAACAGAUGAACGGGGACCUGCAACUUUUUUAUCUGAUAAACUCAAACCAAUAACCCAUGAAGAAAUGGAAAGAAGAAAAGUAUCAAAUACAGACCCUUUUGAGACAGCAGAAGGAAUAUUAAAUUGGGAUGCUGACAUAAUAAAAGAUAAAGAAAGAAAACAAUUUAAAGGGCUUAAAAAACCUUUAAAAUUAAAAGUUGAACAAAAUGAUGAAUAUGAUGUUGACCCUUUUGAGGCGGUUACUGACUGGCUUCCACUAAACAAAAAUGUGGAGAAAACAUAA